CUCGUCAGACCCGAUCAGCUGUCAUUAGAGAAGUGAAAUUUACCGUGAAAAUGGCGUUUAGUAAACUACAAAAAGAAUUAAUAAACACCGCUAAAUACCUGGUGGUACGUGGUAAAGGUAUCUUACCUGUUGAUGAACCCACAGGUAUUUUAGGAAGUUUUUUCAAGGAGUCUGAGGCGGUGGCUGACACACCAGAAAAUCGUCGUCGGCAUCUGGAAAUAUUGUUCACGUCUGACUGUAGCCUAGGUAACUGUAUAUCAGGAGUAAUCUUCUUGGAACAGACCUUUGUGGAGAAAACCAAAGACGGCACCCCCUUCCUGAAACUUCUGGAUCAUCUUAAUAUUUUACCAGGAAUAAAAUUGGAUCUUGGAAUUACAGAUCUUGCAGGCAGCCAAGGGGAAAAGACUACUAAAGGAUUGGAUGAUUUACCAGAAAGGUGUCGUAUGUACAAAGUUAUGGGUGCCAAGUUCGCUAAAUGGAGGUGUGUUUUUAAAAUAGGCGAACAGACACCCUCACAGCUAGCUAUAGAAACAAAUACAACACUAUUAGCUAGAUACGCUAUUAUAUGCCAACAGAAUGGUUUAGUACCUAUUGUUGAGCCAGAAGUAUUAUGUGAUGGUGAUCAUGAUUUGGAGAGAGCUAAAUUAACGUCUAUCAAGGUUUUAUCAGCCCAGGUGAAAGCACUGUUAGAUCAUGGAGUAUUACUGGAAGGAAUGUUGUUAAAGUGUAGUAUGAUCAGACCCGGUCAUGCUUGUGAAACCGUGUGUACACCCGAACAAGUAGCUGAAGCAACAAUUGAAGUUUUAACCAGAACAAUACCCCCGGCUAUACCAGGUAUAACGUUUCUAUCUGGAGGUCUGUCGGAGAUAGAUGCUACAACUUAUCUGAACUCUAUUAACAAACACCCUGGUGUUAAUAAACCGUGGUCUCUAACUUUCACCUUUGGAAGAGCUCUACAAGCCACGGUGAUGAAGAUUUGGGGCGGUAAAGACGAAAAGGUUGCUGCUGCCCAACAGGAAUUUAUCAAACGUGUCAAAGCCAAUAGCAAAGCCAGUUUGGGCAACUAUUCAUCAAAAGACGAGGGCAAUGGCGAAGACGAUGACGCACGGAAGAGUCUUUUCAAUCCCGAGCAUUCCUAUUAGACUUCCAAGCUCUCCUUGUCAGUCACUCCGCCCUGCAUCACUAACAAGGGAAACCACGUCGGAAAAUCCCGAUGAACUUCUGGACAACGAACUUUAGGCGCUUGUUGAUCUUCUUGGUGAGGGCGACGCCUGUCGAAAAAGACCCCCUAGCAAUACAAAUACUUAUAUCAUUAAACUUUUAUAUUUUUAUAUCAUUGUAAGAUACUCUUUAUAAUUAUAACACAAUGUUGAUGUAUUUGAUGUAUGAUGUUCAAUAUAGGGCGUAUGUCAGCAUAAAUAUAUAUGAUACAUUUUAUGAUAUUAUAUUACAUACAUAUAUUAAAGAAGACAUAUACUGUCCAUUGCAUGCCUUUCUCUAGGCCUUAAAUGUUAUAUCAAUUAUUAAUUAGACAUUAAUUAACACAACACGUGACCAAGAAGUUCACGCUCGGAAUGAAACUGGAUGUCCGCGCCUUAUCACAUGGUUUUGGAGUUUUGAUUGUUUAUUAUCGUAGCAGCAGUACUGGGCAAACGAGACUAAGUCUCGGUUAUCCAUUUUAUUUUUUAAUUUUUAAAUGUCGUGGGCGUUCGAAUCCAUGUAAAUAUCUGUAGACCGAUUAUGUUUAAAUAAUAGUUUAUAUAACAUUUGAAGCCAAAAUAAGACCUACAAUACACAGAUUUAGCUAUUACAUAAUAUAUUCGUUCAGUAUUGUCACCCCCCCCCCCCCUUUUUUUUAUCAUGCGCUAAAAUCAAAAAAUUACCAUUUUAUUUAUGGCCUUAUUGUGAUAUUUAUUAUUUGUCAUUUAU